GUGUUUUGUCACCUGAUGGUUACUGCAGACCUUUUGAUAGUGCCGCAAAUGGUUAUUCACGUAGCGAAACAGUGGCUGCGUUAUACCUCCAAAAGGCGAAGAAUGCGAAAAGAAUUUAUGCGACAUGUCCGCAUAUUAAAAUAAACAGCGAUGGUUAUAAAGAAGAAGGAAUAACAUUUCCUUCGACGCUUAUGCAAAGUAUGUUAUUAAGGGAAUUUUAUAACGAAUGCGAAAUUCCGAUAUCUUGUUUAGAUUAUAUGGAAGCACAUGGAACCGCUACCAUAGCUGGUGAUCCUGCGGAAGUCAAUGCCAUAAAUAAUGCUUUAUGUAAAAAUAGAGAAAAUCCGUUAAUGAUCGGCUCCGUAAAAUCCAACGUUGGUUAUGCUGAAGCUGCCAGUGGUUUUUCUCAAAUUGCUAAGGUGAUAAUAGCAAUGGAAACCGGUUUUGUUCCACCAAAUAUCAAUUAUACAUCACCGCGGUAGGAUAUAGGUGCCUUGAUAAAUGGUACUGUUUGCGUUGUCCAAGAAGCAAUGCCGCUUAAAAAUGGUUAUAUAGGUAUCAGUUCUUUCGGUUUUGGAGGAUCUAACGCUCAUAUGUUAUUAAAAUGGAAUGAGAAACAAAAAAUUAAUAACGGAGCACCAAAUGACGAUUUGCCAAGACUCGUAAUAUUAUCCGGAAGUAGCGAAAAAUCAGUACAAUUAUUUUUAAACGACAUUAUUAAUUCUCAAAUAGAUGUAGAAUAUAUUCGUUUACUACAUGACGUCUAUGCAGACGAUAUAGAUGGUCAUUCAUGGAGAGGAUAUGUAAUAUUAAAUACUUUUCAAGAAAAGUCGAUAAGAGAAAUUCAAAAUUACAAUAAUACGAAAAGACCUGUUUGGUUCAUAUUUUCUUCUUUAGGCUCGCAAUGGCCAGGAAUGGGUACAUAUAAAUAUAAAUAUCUUAUUUAUGAUAAAAUGAUUUAAUAACAAAAUUUUUUAUAUUAAACUUUUAUCAGGUCGAAAUUUAUUGAAAUUUCACGUCUUUGCAAAUACA